UGGUUGACAAGUGGCUGUAGUUCGUGAUUUGUUCUGUGAUGAGGAGCCUUUAUUAACUUCUUAUACGAAAUUCAUUCAGGUUUAAGCUUCUGCUAAGAUGUCAGAGAAAAAGGGUGACGAGAAUCCGUUUGCUGGGCUUUUCGACCAAGGAAGUGAGGUUUCAACGCAUGGGGCAGCUAGUGACACUCGCUCAAACUCGCGAUGUAGCUCCAACGAAGGCAAUUUGGAACAGAAGAUAAAUUCCCUAAUCGAGAAAGUAUUUCUGAUCACACUUAAUAAAAAAGGCAAUGCAAAACGGCAGCUGGUACUCAUGGAAGAAAUUACCAAUCAAAGUGAACGCGACUGCAUUGAUUUGACUCUCCUGGAACAAGCGCUGUUCGAAAGGCUUCUGCUGCCAAACCCCAAGGACUUUUUAAUUCCUAGCGAUCGAAUGGAUGAGACGACACAUCUGGUAACAGAAACAAAGGCAAUAACCUAUUUAUACCGAGCAUUUGAAGAAAAUGAGAAGGAUUUGUCUGAACACUUCGAUCCUGACUUGGCCGAAGCGUAUAAAAAAGUACGCGAAUUAAUAAUAUUAAAUGCUAGUACAGCAAUGAAGCAACCAGAAUUAUUUGAAGGCCAAUCACUUUCCUUCCAGUGGCUUGGUAUUCUACAAGAAUGUCAUUUAGACGUAAACUAUCGAAGAGAAUUCCUGUACGCUGUUACCAAAGAUUUAUUUGCAGACGACGCUAAAUCGGCCCUGGGCUAUCUGAAAAUUAUAUUUUAUCCUAUGUUCAGCGAAAUUCUGAAAACUGUCCGCAAUGCUAACAUGAUAACUCUGGAGAAAUGGGUGAUACCAAUUUUAUUCCUUUUUGUAAGCGAUAAAUCUACACCUCAACUUGGGGAAUUAGUAUUGGAUUUCUCCACUCCCAAUCCGGAUUCAGAAGGAGUUCGGUACGCUGAAACUUUGUUUGGUGAAUUGUUAAGUCUAUCUAUUUUGCCAAAAAAGCAAAACGGUCGUUACGAAUUUUAUGAGAAUCCGGUUGAUCUGCUAAAUGCAACUUUAAACGCUUCUCUCUGGGAUUAUUUCAAAAAUCAUCUGAACGCAAUGUACGGGAUAUUUAAGGCUUUGUUGGUGCUGGACACUUCAGUGAAAAACAAAACAUUGUCAUGGAUUGGAAACUGCUUACAUGCCAACUUGCCUCGAGGGCAAAUAUGGAAUACACACAAUUUAGCGGCGCUCGGAGCCUUUACAAACGCUUCAGAUGCUUUUAUGAUAGGCUUUUGCGGAAUUUUGCUGCGAUUGUGUGUGCCACUGCUCAAACCGAGUUUCAAAGUGAUGCUCGUUGACCCGACAUAUUGCGCUGUAGAUGAAGCGAGCCGCUUAUCUAAAAACGUUCAUAUGAAAAAAGCUUCCGAGGAAACUUGCUUAUUGCCAACGAACGAAAGUGAGACCAGGGUAACUGCAACCACGUAUAAUUUUAUAACAGAGAUAUUUUUUAUGACUCAUAAGGCAAUAGAUUUAAGUUAUCGUGUUUGUAUCGAAAAAUACUUUCGAAUGAGUCGUGAAAUGCAUCGCCUGCAAGGUGCUCUUCAAGAUGCCAUGUCACAAGGUCAAACAGAAGUUGCCCAAAAUAUGACACAAAUAUUGACAACGCAAACUCAACAGUUCAUGUGCUUAAAAAGUACGCUUACUGAACCACAUACCGACGGACUUUUACUAAAUUACUACGAAGCGACGGCCAUUUGGCUCACGGAAAUCUCUUCAAAGUCAGCGGAAGUCUGCGAACAAUUAAGUUCGUCGGGAAACUUUGCACCAAAAGAGCGAUUGGAUUUGCCCUUACCUCUCCCGCCGUAUCUCCCAGUUUAUCUUAAAUCAAUUCCGGAAUAUAUCCUAGAGAAUGUCAUCGGCUAUCUGACUGUUAUGCGACAUUUCGGCCCACAAGCAUUAGAAUUGGAUACAGACGCGCAAAGCGCUAUAUUUCGUAUGAUACUCAUUUUCAUGGGGUGUGUCGAACGGGUGAGAAAUCCACAUUUGCGAGCAAGGCUAGCUGAAGGACUCGAGUGUUUCGUUCCUAAAGAAGACAACUUUCGUUCACCGCUGAAAACUAAUCUUUUCUUGCGCCACCAAGAUCGCCUUCAAAUAGUCCCAAACCUAUUGAAUGUCUUCGUAAGCAUAGAAAUGACGGGACAAUCUGUGCAAUUCGAGCAAAAGUUCAAUUACAGGCGACCAAUGUACUCUAUCAUGGAGUUCUUGUGGGACCUAGAUGAACAAAAGAAAUGCUUCAAACAUUUAGCUAUAGAAGCACAGAAAAACAUUGAAGCUGUCGAUCCACCAAUUUUCCUAAGAUUUGUUAAUUUGUUGAUAAACGAUGCAAUUUUCUUAUUGGAUGAAUCCCUUUCGAAUUUACAGCAAAUACGGACGUUACAAUCGGCACAGGAUAGUGGCGAGUGGAACUCAUUGCCUUCGGGAGAACGCCAGCAAAAUAUUGCCAAUUUACAGCAUUUGGGAAUGAUGGCAAGAUUUGACAACAUUUUAGGACGCGAUACAAUUAACAUCCUCAAACUCAUAACAACGACAAUUAAGGAAAUUUUUUGUCAUGUUUCGAUGGUCGACCGGGUUGCUGCAAUGCUUAAUUACUUCCUAUUAAAUUUAGUAGGUCCGAAAAAAGGAAAUUUCAAGGUUAAAGAUAAGAAGGAAUUUGAAUUCGACCCAGCACAUACUGUUAUGGACAUUUGCCGCAUUUAUGUCAACUUAAGUGAGAGCGAUGAGUUCUGCCUAGCUGUUUCACAAGAUGGUCGCUCCUACAGUGAUGAGUUAUUCGACUAUGCCGAGCAAGUUCUGGCUCGUAUUGGAGGAGGACAGUUAAUCGCAGAAAUUAAUGAACUUUCCAUGAAAAUUAAGCGAAUUGAACAACAACAUAGACAAGACCAAGAAGCGCUAGCUGAUGCGCCAGAUAUGUAUUUAGAUCCUAUUAUGUCGACCCUCAUGUUAGAUCCUGUAAUCUUACCUAGUUCUCGUGUGACAGUGGAUAGAAGUACAAUUGCUCGCCAUUUACUUAGCGAUCAAACAGACCCCUUCAAUCGGUCGCCGCUUACUAUGGAUCAGAUUAAACCUAAUGUCGAAUUGAGAAAGGAAAUUGGCAUUUGGAUGGAGAAGAAGAGGAAAGAAUAUGGUGAAAAACAGUUGCAAUCAGAGAACUCCAGCGAAUGAUCACAACCAAAAAUUCAUUAGGGCAGUUGAGCUAGAAAAUCAACUUCCCAAUAUCCACUCAUUCCACAUUACAUUCAUUGUAUUUGCUCCCCGAUUGGUGUUGUUCAGGCGAAAUCCCAAUAAAAUCACACAAAAACCUUUUAACUAAACGCUUUA